AUGCGCUGUCUCACGCGCUCUAUCAAGGCGCACUCUCAGGCGCACUCUCAGGCGCACUAUCACGCGCUCUCUCCCGCACUCUCACGCGCUCUCUCCCGCACUCUCACGCGCAUUCUCCCUCUCACAUGCUUUCUCUCGCGCACUCUCACGUACAUUCUCUCUCUCACACGCUCUCUCACGUGCACCCUCACACGCGCUCUCUCACGCACUCUCACACGCACUCUCACGCACUCUCACACGCGCUCUCUCACGCGCUCUCACACACGCUCUCUCACGCGCUCACACGCGCUCUCUCACACGCUCUCUCAUGCGCUGUCUCACGCGCUCUAUCAAGGCGCACUCUCAGGCGCACUCUCAGGCGCACUCUCACGCGCUCUCUCCCGCACUCUUACGCGCAUUCUCCCUCUCGCAUGCUUUCUCUCGCGCACUCUCACACACAUUCUCUCUCUCACACGCUCUCUCACGCGCACCCUCACACGCGCUCUCUCACGCACUCUCACACGCACUCUCACACGCACUCUCACGCACUCUCACACGCGCUCUCUCACGCGCUCUCUCACGCGCUCUCUCACGCGCUCUCUCACGCGCUCUCUCACGCGCCCUCUCAUGCGCUCCCUCACGCGCUCUCUCUCGCGCUCUCUCAAGGCGCACUCUCAGGCACCCUCUCACGCACUGUCACUUGCGCUCUCUCUCGCGCACUCUCACCACAUUCUCUCUCUCACGCGCUCUCUCACGUGCUCACAUGCAUUCUCUCUCUCACGCUCUCACGCGCACUCACACGCGCUCUCUCACGCACUCUCUCAUGCGCUCUCACUCGCGCUGUCUCAUGUGCUCUCUCACGCGAUCUCAUGCGCUCUCUCACGCGCUCUCUCACGCGCUCUCUCACGCGAUCCUUCACGCGCUCUCUCAAACGCUCUCUCAUGCGCAUACGCUCUCCCUCGCGCUACAUCUCUUUUGAAAAUUUGGUUGUUUCACAAUGUAUAA